CUGACUUUCACCAUUUUAUUUGCCAACGAAAAAAAUAGAUCGCCAAGAGUGGAAGUGGACUUGUGCAAAAGAGAAUCGCUCUGCGUCGUUCGCGUCCUUUACGGAAUUUUACCCGGCCCGGACUACCGGAAACCGAACUUCCACUCCAGUGCAGCAGGUACACCGUCCCUUUUUGCAGCGUUUUUUGCAGGGCUGUGUUGUGGUGUGUUCUCCGUGCGGCCAAAAUCGCACGGGCGUGAGAGCGGAGGCAACAAAAGUAAAGCAAAAGAAAAAAAGACCCCGAGUGCAACCAACCACCACCGAUGUCGAACAAUGUACGGCGCCGCAGCAGCAGCAGCAGUGUGACUCAUGCGGCGGUCGAGAAUGUUGAAGUGAAAAAUCACGACAAAUUAUCCUCCUGCCCGGUUGCAUAUUAACCUCCGAUUUUGCCGUCGUAGCAAGUGAACGUCACAGCGAGGCACGAGAGGUUGUGCACCAAUGUGCUGUCCGGAUGCGAUAAGCACAAGUCAUCAUCCUUGCUUUUUGUUCUGGUCCGGUGCUGCUGCAUUGAAAUCAUCGGCACCACGAACACAUCGCUACCGGGUGGUUUCUGUGUGUCGUUCCGACACCUCUUAUCACGAACGUCGUCACUAGUGCGUAAGUGUGUAUGUGUGUGUGUGUGUGUGUACGUGUGCUGAAACGAGUUGUGCUGUUGUGCUGCUGGGUUUGAGCUGUUCUGCUAGAUGGUCUACCACUGGCCGGAAGUGGCAAUAGUUUUUUGGUGCUUUCCCAGUGCAUGACGACCGACCCCCGCACUGUUGUGCACCUCAUCUUUGGAACAAAGCAAUCCUUGAAAGGCAAAAUAGUGCACACACGAACCCUGUGCGAGCGUCGGGAAGAAAAGUUUCGGUGUACAGAAGAAUAGGGAUUAGCAUUCGACAACAAAUCACUGUGUCUGUGUGUCUAGUUGUGCGUGUAUUCAUAUCAUCUCCGGACAAAAGUGCCGACACCAAAUUAGUUUUAGACAACAAUUUAGUGUGUCUGCCGGCUGGCUCUGCAGGGUUUCGUGGGGAUUGUGUUCAUGUGCGCGAGAUAUCUGUGAUCUUUGUUCAGUGCUGUGUUAUCUAGGUCGGCUCGUAGCGCAAAAGGAAGUGUAGUCGAUUGCAUCCACAGGAUUGUAUCAUGUUAGCGAAAUCGCACUAGGAAAAGUUGUGUUUCAACCCCCGAAACCGUGUACAGCCUCAACGAAAGCUAGCACAACCACCAACCACCGAGCAUUAACGCUUCAUUUGUCCUUCCACUGUGAUUGUGGAGUCUCUGUGGUGCAAGCCGUGCACGAGAGGCAUGCAAGACUAAUACAGAGAGCAGAAGGAGUGCACACUUUGUGUCCUUGUGUGUGUGUGAUAAAGACGGUUCCGAACCCCCCUCCGGAUUGUUGUUGUUGUUCACGCGUUACCCCCCCGCGCGCUGUGCUCUAUCACCGUCGUACCACCGUAGCACCAGGUACGUGUACAGUAAGCGGCCGGGAGCUUGCCUUAACUGAAUCCCGCAACCUGCAAUCGCCGAUUGGCCGAUUGCCAUCUGCUCCGUCAAGAUACGAUACAAACGAGGCAUCAUGUUUUGGGACUCGCUCAGUAUGCAGUCCGAUAUCGACGCACUGCUUAGCAAAGAGGGUGUAACCCUUGCCGAGGUGCUGGACUACGAAAACGUUCUACAAGAAUGUAAAAGCCAGAAUCCCAAGCUGAUACAAUACUUAAAUCGCACCGAAAACUUCGAUGCGCUGAUCGAUCUCAUCAUACAGGAGCCGGCCGCCGAUUUGGACGACAAUAUACGCUUCAUGCAUUCCAACAUGGCGUGCGAAAUACUGACCAGCGAUGUGCCGUCCUUCAAAACGCACCUCGUCGAGAACCAGAACUUCCUAAACAAGCUGUACAGCUUCCUGCUGAAGGAGCCGCCGCUCAACCCGCUGCUGACCUCGUUCUUCUGCAAAACGUUCGGCAUGCUGAUCGCGAAGCAGAACGAGCAGGACUACUUCUCCUACAAAUCUGUGUGCCUGCAAGUAUUAGAGUUUAUCAAGUCGAAGAAAGGUUUCCUGCCGUCGAUGCUGAAGCACUUUGGCAACCAGGUCGUGAGCGAUCUGCUGCUGUCCCACAUCACCGACAUCGAGGAUGCCGAGCUCAAGUCCGAACUGUUGGAGUGGCUGAACGAGCAGAAGCUGGUGGCCGAAAUCAUUGCCUUACUCAAGCAGCCGGGCCAGGACCAGAAGCAUUACAAUGCUUCCCAGUUCCUCAUCGAGCUCAUCAAGAUCAGCCGGUGUAAGCGCCAGAACGAGCAGCAGGACAAAGUUACCUCGGACCCGAUUCUAGACACGCUGGAAAGUGAAGAAACAACGAAACAGCUGCUCGACAUCAUUCUCGAAGCAAAUGGCGAAGAAAGUGCAAUCAUUGCCGGAAUUCAAAUCAUCCUAAGACUGCUAGAAAACACGAUAAUCCAAGAACCGGUCUCGGAUACGGCACUGCAAAUUGUGAUCGAUGCGGAGAAGGAGCACCACGAUCUGCUCGUGGCACGUCUGGCCAACGUUAUCAAGCUGCGCGUUGCCGACCUUGUCGCGAUCCUCAAGAACCCGCCUGCGAAACCGGACAUAGUUACCACCUUCGGCUCACUGGCACCACCGCUGGGCAACGUGAGACUUCAGAUUUGCUAUCUAUUUACAGUAUUAAUAGAGACGGAAAACAAAGAACUUAUUGCCGCGAUUUGUGAAACGGACUAUUUCGACACCUUGCUCAGCCUCUUCGAGCAAUACAUUUGGAACAACUUCCUUCACGGGCGUGUUAAAGUUUGCAUCAACUAUGCCGUCGCGUCGUUCGACCAGGGCGACGGCAGCAGCGGCGAGGGAGAUAACAAACUCGCUAUCUCGAGCCUGCAGCGAUAUAUCAUAACGGAUUUUCAGCUGGCGCCGAAACUGUUGAAACUAUUUGUAGAUGCCGUAACACCCAACGAAAGCUUGUGCGUUAAACAAUUAGGGUAUACUGGACAUCUCAUCGAGAUGUGCGAUACGCUUAUGACCUCCGUAAACCUCUCGAAGGAAUUCCGCGGUAUGGUACACGCGACGCUUCCGGAUGAGGAGCAGAUGUCGAAUUGGGCUUGCUAUAUGGAAUCCGAGAAUAGUCAGUUGUUAAAUCACCUAGGCAUGCAGAAGAAGUUUUUGGCUGGUCAGGAUCCUUAUCGUAUCUGCUCACUAGAGCGAGAACCGCUUGGCGAUAUGAUGCCGUGCGAUACUCCGCCAAGCAAGGUGGAAAUGGACCAGCUGCUGGAAUGCAUCAACUUUGCGUUCAACAGCUUUGACUUCGCGGAAGAGCUAAAGGCAUCGGAGGGCACCUCGGACCGGUGGGACGAUUUUGGCGACUCGGCCGCCCAGAUCCUGACCCUGCCUAACAGCCGGCCCCCCACCAACCUGGACAGCCUUGCCGGGGACGAUCCGUUCGGCAUGCAGAGCGCCAUGUUCGGCGAGCGGGCAAAGACGCACGAGCACGACGACGAUGGCGACGAUGGCGAGGAUGGCGAUCCGUUUGCACCGUUACAGUCGGCGCCCGGUGGUGGUGGGCAGAACAACGACGACGACGACCACCACGCCUCCAAAGAUAUGCUGCUGGGCGACGACGGUUUGCUUGGUCAGAAAUCGGACUUUGAUUUCGGUGCGCUGGCAUCGUCCGGGCUGGUCGACAGCGAGAGCAACAGUGACGUGCCGCUGACCGGUGGCAUGAAUCACAACAUUUUGAAGUUUCUGCAGGCGGUCAACGAAACGGGCCCACCGUCGGCGGCCCUGCUCGAGGACAACUUUGCCGAUUUCGAGUCGGCGCUCGGUGCGGUGGGCAAUUCCGCCGCCGCCCGCAGCGACCCAUCCUUCGGUGGCCUUUCCCUGUCUGGGGCGACGUCCGGCGACGGUACGCUGCGGUACGAACCGGCCGGCGCUGCUGCAGCGUUCGAUGCGGCCAGUGUACUUUUCGAUUUCGAAAAUGCGGACAUCUUUAACGCGAACUCGAUACCGCCAACCGUGGACCAAGCCACGCCCAGUGGGGGAGAGGUCGGAAAAGUGCCCGAAAGCGUACAGCAGGACCCAUUCCUGGAGGCGGCAGAAAAAUCGACCGAAGCAAAGGAUGCACAGGAAGUGAGUGACAGCAAUGUGAAUGAUAAAGUUGUCGAUAGCACUCAAACAGUAGCCGAUGUGCCGACCGCUGUACCUUCCGAUAAUGAAACCAUGGCAGCCGCGGACAGUGCCGUCGAACGAAAGGAAGCUGUUGGUAGCACAGAGGAGAAAGCAGCUAGUCCAGCCACUUGCACCGACGUCGAAAAGUCCGAAGCGGUAAAUGGAGAUGAAAGCAAUAGCAGCAGCAGCAGCAUGACCCCGAAAGAGGAGGUAAGCAACAGUGCUGCAAGCUCCUUGUCCGUAACUGCAGCAGCAACGCCUGCACCAGCAACAGUGCCAGAAUCCGCACCAGCAUCGGUAGAGGAGACUGCCGCCAGCACAGCAGCACCCACCGUUGAGGCGACAGCAGCUACCAGCGACAGCAGCAGCAGCUCCGCAGCCGAUGCGAGCGAUACAAGCGGCUCACCGGAUAAUUGAGGGUGUCCGCCGCCGUGUCGUUGCCAACGGGAUCCCCCACCAUCGCCACACCGACGCCAAACGCACGCGCACCAGACCGAAACGGCCACCCAGCCAAAGCAGCGUCAUCGACGCCGCCGUCAGAGACGGCGACAACCUGUACAGCAUGCUGCUGCUGCACCGAACCUAAACGGUACUACUACUACCGUGCACUGCUAAUCCACAUAAUCACAGCGACACACACACACACACUGGGGAAGAUCCGAGCACGACGAUAUAUGUACGCGUGUAUGUGUGUGUGUGUGUGUGUGCGCGCACCUGUUCGUUUGCACAUCGACGAGUUGCAUCUUUCCCGGUAGAUGAGAGGAGAAAAAUGCGCGAUUUGGGAGGUUUGUUUAUAUGGUAUAAGAGCUUAUAUGAUAAUCAUGUGUGUUUUAAAGUAUCACAUGCAUCCAGGAGAUAGUAAUUUGUGCGAGGGCGACCUUACACGAGUUAGACAAGCAAAGCCUAGAGCAUAUUGACGCGCAUUGUGUGUCUCACAUAGCAAUUGCAAAGCCGUUUGCAAUUUUUGCAGCAAAAGCAUUUCGAGGAGAAAGCGGGAGCAAGAAACAGAUAAUCAGAUAUUGUUCUACACAAGAAUUUAGCAAUCUUACUACUUUCAGGGUUUUUUUUUCGUUUGGUUGGAAGCUUCCGCCAUCUCAAACUUUAAAUAAUCAAGUGUUUUCUAUAUAGGUUCUUUUUUCAGUAGUUUUGGAAAUGUUUUACGUUCCGUGAUCAUCAGUCAUGCCUUAAGUAAAUGUGAUCCAUUAUAUGGUACCGUAAUAGUAAACGGAGAAGAAGAAAAAAAACACACCCAAAACUCUAAACGUUACCUCACGUUAGUGCAACAUGCUCUUUUGCCCUCGCUUCGGUAGAAAAGAAAAAAAAGCCCCAGCAUACAAGCCCCCCUGGACACGACCACAACGACUUGCCGUAGUUCUUGCCACGUGCUGCCGCAGUAACGUGCGCGCACCAUUUUUGCAAAUUCAAGCACAUACACACAUACACACACACACACUACUCGCCUAAGAAGUAGCUCCUAUUUUGCCACCGUAAUGAAAAUGAUGAUAACCACCUCUGUGUGUGUUAGUGUGUGUGUGUGUGUGUGUGUGUGUGUGUGUGUGUGUUUCACUAGAGAAACUCGAGCAAUAAUUAGUUCAAAGAAGGAAACAAAAAGUGAGCUUAGAAACCGAUUGAUUUGUGUAAGACGUUUGAUUACAUCGAGACAUACCCCCCUCACACACACACACACACACUCAUACUAGCUUACCUACUAGCUUACAGCGUUUUGUAUGUUGAGAGGGAAGAGAGAGAGCGAGAAAAAAACAACAACCUAAUACGACAAUUUAAGUGCUGCAGAGCACACACAGCCAGCACAGACAGGGUGACAGCACAAAUAUCUCUUUUACACGUUUCACACAGUGUUCGUACGAUAGCUAAAUUACAACAAGAAGGCGCAAAACCCACGUACACCCGCUGCUGCUGUACUUCCAAAGCAACUGCUGAUCUUAAUUCAAUCCCCCGUAGUGGCGCGAGCCAAGAGGGAAGAGCGCGUGGGGAGAUACAUUUGUAGUAAAAGCUCCUCCGGCAAGGGAGCGUGGCAAAAGUCGAUUAGUACUGUGACACGGUUAGCAUAAAACAAGUUAUCAAAUUGUGCUGUGAAACUAUAGUAAAAAUUUGCUUUUCAACUAAUUCAUAUGGACUGCGUGUAGUAGUAGGGCGUGCGAAGAAAUGGUUGCAAGGAAUUACUCAUACAUACACACACACACACACAAAACCCAAACAAAAAUAACAGUUUAUUGUUUUGAAUGGUGAUUGCCAUUUGAAAAAAAAAUCUUUUGAUAAUGACGAAACGGUUAUGAUCGGGACACACGUUUUAAAAUCAAGCAGGUGUUGUGUAGUAGUGUUUGUUAAUUCAAUGCGGUAAAUUAAAUUAAAAUCACACGGAACACAAACAAACUUCGCAUCAAUUCAUCGACCGACCUGUCCCCCAUUGCAUUGUUUGAGUUAGUUCGUCGAUAAAAUGCCUUGUUUGUCUGCUACGGUUUGCGUCGGUUCGGUGGCGGUGUAGUGAGGGUGUACCGAUAACGAUGGCUCAACGCGUGUGUUAGUAGCAGCGGUAACAAAAAGAAGAGAAAAAGAGAGAGAAAGCAAUCAAAAAAACAAUGUACGCAAACCAAAACUAAAACUAUUGAUGUCAUAUCAACACACAAACAAAAAAGGGAUAACAAACAAACGAUAGUUACUCAAGGAUGUAACAUAUUAUUGUAAGUAAGGUAGAGGGACUGGGGAAAGAAAGUAGAGAAACCCUCCCACAUGUAGUAAUAGCUUGAACGCGUGUGUGUGUGUGUUUUUAAGUAUAGGAAACACACCAGAAACAUGUCUUAUUAGCAAAGAAUGGGUCUAAAAUGGUUCAAAUCAAAUGGUUUUCAGCAACAGGGAAUGCUUUUUUUUUUCGUUGCCUCUGUUGUUGGUUUUCCUUUUGUCGCAAAUUUUAAAGCGCGUACUAUUAAAAAGGAUUUAAAAAAAGCUGUAGAAAAACAACUUUCGCGUUCGGGAAAGUUCUUUAUUGUGCUUAAUUGAAUGGUACACACACGCACAGACGCAGGUGAUUAUUUAAGAAAACACUUGCAAGUAAUUACAUACCACACACUACUGUUCCCUCCCCAUACCGUCGUGUGGGGUGUGGUGUAGGUAGUCCGUCGCCCAUAUCACUAUGCUCAUUAUGGUCGAUAGUCGUUACCGUACCAUGCAUACAAUAGAAAGCGACAAUAAUAAGUGCUGCUGCAUGCUCUGCGUCUGGCAGAUUGGCUGUCCUGUUUUCUGCUUUUGCGCCCACCCCACGAUGGAGCUUUGUUAACCCUUUUGUUGUAGCAAAACAACAGUCUGUUAAGUUUGAUUAUGUUUUCUGUUCGUUGUAUGUAUCGGAUACAUCAAAGGAAGCACACAAUUGCCCUUAAACUAAAUGUAUAAAACCCCUGCUGCUGCUGCUACUACUACUACUACUCUACUACUCUAGACGCUCACACACAGUAAGAUGCAAGCGGAACGCGCUUUAAUCGUACACGUCCAUAAUUCGGGUUGUGGCUUGGUUUAGCAGUAGCCACGUUUAGCCACGUAUUUCCAACGAAGGUAGGCGCAUUAUAGCAAUACAAACAGGAGAAUGUGCGAAACGUUGUUGGGUUGUCCAGUUUGCGCGGCGCAAAAGAUUGAGUUUAGAUUGAGUUUAGAGGGAAAGGAAAGAAGAAAACCAUAGCAAUCGAACGUUUUGGAUCUGUCUUUCAUUUUCGCUAAAACUGAAGCAAAAAAAAAACGGUUAGAAACGGAAGGCACGGGAAGAAGAUAUCAACCGCGAAACGAACUAUAGAACUAAAUUCGUCCAAUCAUGUAGAGAUUUUACAAUAUUAUUAUUACUAGUACUUCAAUUGUUGCAAAUGUAUCGUAGCCACGAUCCCCGAGAAGGAGGAGGGGGAAGGCCACCACCAUUCUCGCAUAUCCUCCCCAUAAUCCUCACGUUCCUCGCGUUGAUCACGGGGAAAGAGAAGCAGCAGAAUGCAGUAGUGUGUCCCAUUUGGUGGUGGCGUAACGGCACCGGUAGAGUGGUAGUGUAUGUUCAUGAUUUUUACCCUUCAUUUGUCAAACCAAGUGCCCCGAUUGCGAAGCAAAGGAAAGUCAAACCAAAAUGGUAGCUACUAUCAAUUAACGAAAAGCGCAAAAAAUAAGCAAAAAAAGAGAGGAAAAUAAUGUGAACUGCGAGCGUCACACAAAUGGCUGGUAUAAUAGUGUGAAUUGUAACAGGCUCCUUUAGGUCUAGUUGUAGCUCGCCCAAGAUCGAUCCCCCCCCCCCGGAAUAUAUAAAAGUAAUUAAUGGUGUUAAUAGAAAGAACUACUUGGCCUCCUCUGGUGUGUAUGUGUGUGUCUGUGUCUGUGUGCGUAAAAGAAGCAAAAGCAAGUAAAUGAACAAGGAAAAAGUACAUAUAUACACUUAUAUACAGAUAUAUAUUAAAGUGAACUAUUGAUAUUUACAUUAUGAAAAAUGGAGAAAAAGAAGAAGAAGAAGAAAAAGCAAACAGUACUGGGUCUUCCGAGGGAACAUCAUUUCACACAUACACACAAAAGUCUGUGUCUUUUAAGCUGGUAUAACAUAAACACAUAAAAAAAACUAAAACAAAAGGAAACAAUUGUUGCAAGACGUACAGUUUAACCGUAGAGUGAGUGCACGUGUACGGACGGAUACCGCUUUCGAACGGGUUGAGAAUGCACGCAAUAAUACGCUAUUACUCCCUUUUCAAUUCUCUCCGUGGUGGUACCGCGUAUAAUAUAACUGUCUUAGACUGUGUCUAUGUGUGGAUGGUUCUCGCGCGCGCGUGUGUGUGUAUAGAUAAGAUUAAGCAAAUUCCAAGUCGCGAAAAUAGCUCAUUCCUAACUGGCGGCAUUUGAAGUUGGUAGUUGCUGCUGCAUGGACACAAUUUGCUGACGCAAAGGAGGACCAAACACGUGCUCGUUUUGAUUUUCCCUUUACAGGGUUUUCCAGGAGUUCUCAUAGCUGUGGGAAACUUUAUUGACUCUUUUUUAGGUGAAAUGAACUUAAUAUAAUGGGAAUUGGACUCUAUAGCACUCUUGUUGGACAAAUCCAAUUAGAAUUUCGAAAGAGCCUGUCCAAAAAGGGUGCCAUAGAGUCCAAUUUCUAUCAUAUGAAGUCCACUUCCCAUAAGAAAAAGUCAAGGAAGUGUCCCACAACUAUGAGAACACCUGGAAAACCCUGUAUGCUACUAGCACCACCACCACCACAACCACUACUACUAUUACUACUUUUGACUGCAGCAACAGCAGCGCACCGGUUUUGCAGACAAAAACACACCAAAAACACAUUCUCACGAACCAAACGUACAAAACUUGGGGACGGAACCAUACAUUCACACUUGCCCACAUUCACGAACGACACAUUCAGGAAGGCAUUGCACCGAAAUGCUGACACUAAUUGUAUAUGCUUUUAACUUAGUACUAGCAUGUACUAAGCGUAUCAUAUCGAUGAGAAUAUAACCAUAUACACCCACACACACGCUAACACCCACCCAUCCACACUCGCACAAACACCUCAACCGAGGAAGAAACUGAAAAUUCAACGAGAAAAUGCCAAUGAAGAAACAAAACAAACAAAAACAUGCCACAAGUUUAGACGCUUUAGAUGGUUCUUUAUCCGAUUGUUCCUAAUUGUAUGUGUGGCCUGCCUCCCUCCCCCACAAAACGCAACAGACUGCUCCCUGCAUAUGUGUAACCCACGGAAUUCUAUUGCACUUGUUGGUGCGACGGCGGCUGCGACGACUGCGGCAAUGUUGGAGCGCAUUUGAAUCUUUCUCUACCCUGUGCCAGUAACGUACUGAAAACGUGCAAUUUUGUCUUAUGCUGUCUAUCUCUCGCUACCACUGUUGUAUGCAUAUCUCGCCAACUCUUCACACACCGUUUGGCCACCAACCAUGGGUUUGUUGAAUGCAUUUGCUAGCCCACCCAUCACCCAUCUUUCUCAGCCAACACAGAACAAAUUGCUCAAAGUGUGUGUGUGCGUGUGUGUGCAAUUUUGUCUCGUUUUUUUUUUAGAACACGAGUUUCAGCCGCGUUUCACGGUGCUUUCCCUCCCAAAAACAGGGUUGAAGAAAACUGUGCUAAAGCCUAGUUGUGUGAGUGUAAAGAAUGCAUUAGAUAUACUGUUAUAGUGAAAGAAAGAAACAAAAAAACAGCGGGAUAGAAAGUGUGUGUUUUGUGUGCGUGUGUGUAUAUGCUAAAAGAAGAUAAACAAAAGGAUAGUGAAUAUGUAAAGUGAAGGAAAGAAAAACCAAAACAACGCGAUGUUCCAAUCGGGAUAGCAGAAGGCUAAAUAUGAAAAGAGCUUUUUUGUUUUGUUUGGGAAAUGACUAGAAGGCAAGCGUUGAAACACGUUGAAAACUGUGCUAUAAUAAGCCUUAUACCAAAAUGCUUACCCAUUUAUUUCUCUAUUGUGUUUGUUCGACAAAGAACGCAAAAGAAAACUCUUACUUCUUUCUCGCAAUUCCUUACGUUUGCGAAUAAAAAAAAACCCACGAGACUUGUAAAAAAUACAAAAAAAACAUUGGCAAACAGGAGCAAAACAAGCAAAACAGAAUGCAAACCUCGAAAAAGAGUUUCGUUUUGGUAGCGCACAACGUAACACAUAACAUAAUUCAUCAACGCACGAAAGUGAUCGAGAACGUAUCGUAAUAAUAAAAAAAAUAGAGAAACAGAGAAGAUAAGAAAAAAACACGAAAAAAAAACACACACACACACAGCUAAAGUUACUGGAAAAUAAUAGCAAACGAAGAGAAGCAAUAUUUGCAAUCUGAACAAUGAAGAUAAAAAAUAGUAAAAAGUAAUACUACUAGACAGAAUGAUAAGCGAAGCAUAUUAGCAAAGGAUAGGUGGAAGAACAGCAAGCGCGAAAGUGAAGGUGAGUAUAGAAAAGUAAAAUAUUACACCCGAGAAAGAAAAUGCAAAAAUAAAACAACAAAAAAAGAAGAAACAAAAAAACCUAACUUACACACCAUUUUACACUCAAGAAGGAAACUCCCGAUGAAAACUGAAACCAACCAAGAGACAAUGAUUAAAACAAGCAAAGUAGAUAAAAAAAAACAAACAAGUAAACGUGAACACAGUCACACUCUCACACCCAUACCGAUAAAAGAAAAGACAAUGAAACAAUGUAUGAUAAAACAAAAAGAAACGCAAAGUAAGAGAAGCAGGAAGGAACGGGAAUUCGAAAUCAUUUUCUGUUUUGAUAGAAGAGAGCGAACACUCCGAAGAGAGAAGCAAACAAGAGAAAGAGGGGGGAAAACAUGUGUUUAGAAAAUCAUAAUUGUGCUCAUUGGAUGAUGCGUUUUCCUCCCAAAUACCCAUGGGUGCCUGUUGCAGAGAGAGAGAGAGAGAGAGACAGAGAGAACGAGAGAGAGAGAGAGAGAGAGAGAGAGCGUAAUUUGCGUAAGGGGAGCGAAAGAAUGAAUUAGAACAAGCGAGAUGGAGAAGUGUUGUGGAUGUGUGGAAGUAAAAAACCCGAAAAAAGGAAUCUGUGGUGGUACCGGUGCCUCUUUGUUGUGUAGAACCGCUGGGGGAAUUAGAGUGGGAGUGUUUUCCUUCAUUUCUUUUUUUAUAUAAAUAUAAUAAACUGACUUUGGUAACACAAGAA